AUGCCUUUAAUGAGGCGUUCCCAAGGCGUUCUUGGGAAGCUUGAUCGUGUCGAAGGUCCUGCCGAUUCCGUGGAUACGCCCUCAGAUACGAUCGCGGAAUAUGCGGAGGCGUACGUCAUGAUCCCUGAGGACUUUUUUGUCGACUACAGCCGAGUUACUCGCCUCGUCAUCGACUACAUUCAAACGAGAUUGAACGUCUCGAAUCGUGCCGCCUUCGCAGCAAGACUGUUUCUGUACCUUGCAAAUUCUGGUCUCUUACUCGUGUUUGCUGCUCGCAUUCGCGAAAUCUACGAGGCCUAG